AUGCAAAUCCACCAGCCUCCCCCAAAUCGCUCACCGAGGGAGCGGCGCUCGGGAGCCCCCAGAUCAGCCCAUCGCCGGAGCCUCCGCCAGCUGGUCCCCCGCUCCAGCCCCUCCUCCGCGCCCACUGUGCAAACCGGCGCCGCAGUCCGCCCGCCGCGCAGCGCGGGCAGAUCCCGGCUUAGGAACUUCCUAGCGACGCCUGCAGAGGGCGCGCUGGCGCCCGUUCUCUCCACCCCGCGCCCAGCUCGCCGCCAGCUGCCCGGGAGACCGAGCCGGAGCCGCAGGGCUCAACCCGGAGCAGCUCGGAGGUGGGUUUCUGUGGGUCUCUGGGGCAGCUGCAGCAACGCAUCCCUCUCUGUACGAGUAUUUCCAUUCCUGAGAGCAGAAGGAAGCACUUCAGCGGGCAGCAUUUGGAACGUAAAUUGCUUUGUAGUAUUUGAAAGCAGAAAGGACCGUGGGCAGCUGAGCUGGGACGAGAGAUACGAACUACUCAAUGGAUCGUGCUGGCACGACCCGGGAGGUGAUACCGCUGCCCUGUCCAGGAGAGCUGGUGCUGGGAGUUGGAAACAGCUACAGAUAAGGGACCAGACAGGCUGGAGAUUAGCAGGAACGCCUUGUCCCGCAGAGAGACAGCCUCUUGCCAAGGGCAGAGGCCCCAGCUUCUGACUUUCAACCUGAGGCCACCCUCACC